AUGGCCGAUCAAGAUCCUCAAUCCCCAAACCCGGAGACAGCAUCUACUCCCACCAAGCAAAAGCGUGCCCCUCCCAAGCUAGGCAAGAAGUCACCAGGCAAGCAAGAACAAACUCCGCCUGCAUCAGAGCAAGAACAGGACCACGAGGAAAAGAAAGAACCCAAAGAAGAAGAAGCCACCGAGAACCAGGAAGAGCAGAAGAAAGAGCCUGAACCUGAACCCGAGCCUCACAGGCAAGAACCCGCUUCAGACGAAGAAGACAACGCCAACGGCGAGCAAGAAGAAGAAGAUAAGCCUGCCGAGUCUGAACCAGAACCAGAGCCAGAACCCGCUCCAGCUCCCAAGCCAGAACGUCGUCGUAGACGUCCCCGCCCCACAGAAUCAGACGUCGAGUCCGUCCCACGUAACGACAUGGACGCCCAACAACAACCACAGCAGCGCCAGCGCACCCGUCGCACACGCCAGCCCCAACAAAGGCAGCAACAGCAGCAAGGGCAAGAUGGCGGCCCACUCGGUGGCCUAGGAGGCGUCGACCAAGCCGGCCAGCUCGUCCAGAACACAGCCGGCAAUGCCUUGAACGGCGUGACAGGACAAGCAGGCAAGGCCGUCGGCGGUGUCCUCGGCGGAGGCCAGAAAGAGGAGAAGGGAGGAGAUGGCAAAGACGAGCAGCUGCGUCUGCGAUUGGAUCUCAAUCUGGACAUUGAGAUCCAGCUUAAGGCGAAGAUCCACGGUGAUUUAACGAUCGGAUUAUUGAAUUGA